GCUGCCCCGCGCCUUCACUACUUCCUCGCAUCGCUUUCUGCUCCUUUCCUUUCACGUUUACCCGUGUAGCCACGCCCUGGCCUUCCCCAUUGGCUGAACACUCUCACUUUUCAGAAUCAGCCCCGCCCCCGCUGUGAGAGUUAGAGCUGCGGAUAGAGGAUGACGGGCACAUAAGUGAGUGUACCCCGGCCCUGUGCGAGCCGCUUUCCCUCCCGUGUGAAUAUGUAAAUAUCCCUCUUUAAUCGGCCUGCCUCCCCUUGUCACUCACAAACUGGCUCCGCCCACAUGUAUAACGCACUGCGGGCAGUCGCUCUUUUCCUGUGGGCGUGGCUUCGGGCGUGACCUUGUCAUAGACGCGGAAGUGAGACGGAAGUUGCCCUCAGUGUGUGACCUGAAGUGAGGACGAGAGAGAUUAAAGAGAUGAACUUCAUGCAGCGAACUGUGUCCUGAGCAGCUCUAAUCAGGUUCUUUCAUUUCAGCCAUGACAGACAGGAGCAAGAUGGGCCGUCUCCUGGCGCUGGUGCCUGGGAAACAACAAUUUGGGAUCUACAGGUUCCUCCCCUUCUUUUUUGUACUUGGAGGCGCCAUGGAAUGGUUCAUGAUCAACAUCCGCAUCGGAAAGGAAACAUUUUAUGACGUGUACAGAAGACGCCAGUCAGAAAGGCGAUACGAGCGCCAGUUGGAGGAGGAGCUAAUGAAACAGGCACAAGUCGCAGGCAGAUAGCGAGUGAUACUAUACGUUUCUCCUGGGGCAGUUUGUUAUGAAGAGGAGAGUAACAAUGUUGUUUCCAUCAUGAACAAACAAUAUAUUAAAUAUAUUGAUAAUGGGUUGAGUGCAGAGGAAUCUUGUAUCUGUUUCCAUCAUGAAGUUGAUGGAGGGGAGGAGACCUAAGACUUCUGGGUAUUAUUGCACUUAUAAUAAACACUGCGUUGUGAUUGGCCGGUCCUGUUCUAGUGAAUGCAGCAGGAAGUGUGCGAUCGCUAUUCAUUAUGUCACGUGUUCAGCAGCGAAUCAGAACUCAGGAUGGAACAUAACACCUUUACAUAAAUCUCCUGCCUGUAAAGUGAACAUCCCGCAUUAUUGGAUAUGAACGUGUGGAACACUGAAUCAAGAAGCAAAGGUAACGGGGUACACACACGAGGUGAGGUGAAAGGUGUUCGGGGUCAACGAGACGUGAAAUGUGGGAAAAUAAUGACCCUUCCCAUAGGUUCCCCCUGACUGAGCAGAAUCCUUUGCCCACGUGACCCUCCUCAAACUCUACACGGGCAGUCGCCCCACACCCACCAUUGCUGUUCAGUCUCCUCCUGCUGGUGGGACUCAAGAACAUCAACAUUGGCCAUUUACUUGCUUAGAAUUUGCUCCGGGUUCCUCUGUGGCCUCUCCGAGGUUGGACUUCUCUUUGAUGGUCGACCACUCCUGGGCCUCCUCUGUCCUCAAUCUGAUGGUUCAUUGGUGGAGUCCGAACUCUUCAGCGAGACUCUUGUAGCCUCUCCAGCUUUAUGGGCAUCAACAAGUCCUCAUCCUAUGUUAGUGCCCAUCCCCCAAUGUGAUGUGUCUGUGGGAUAAGAAUGGAACCCCAGAUCUUUCAAUAAAACUCUCACCCCUCAUUGUCACCCCAAUAACUGAAUCCCCAGACUGUGAUUUCAUGUUCAACUUAUUCAUUAAUCCUGAGGAUUCACUCGCUGAAAUGUUAUACGAUCAUUUGUUUAAUAAAAGAAAUUGUGUUUAA